UGACGAUGCAGCAAAAACCUCCGUUUCGGCUCAUGUCCGCUUCGUUGAAGCUAUGCAGAUGGCUUGGACUUUGGCACGACGUCAAUCUGGACAAGCCUUGCUGGCAAACCGUGUUUAUCAGUUUCUGUCUGCUGUUUUGGUACAUACUGCCAGGAUGCCUGUAUAUCACACGAGGGGAAAGAAUGCUCCAAUAUCUUCUGAAAUCAAUUCUAGAAGUUUUCUCCAUGUGCGUUAUUGUGCUUCGAUGCGUUGUUCACAUGAUCAAUCGCAAGACUGUCCAAAAUUGCUUCGUUGAACUUCAAGAUGCAAUAUCUACAUUUGAAAACUCUCCCUAUGAAGACGUCCGGCAAAUGCUACGGCAUCUACUUAAAUCGGCCGACUACCUCGUGAAGAUCUACGUAUCCAUCGUAUUCAUACAAGCCAGUAUCUACGGAUUGGUUCCCGCUAUUUUAACGACAUACCGGUACUGUAACUCCAAUGAGACAAUCCAAUUACCUUCAGCGGUUAUGGAGGCGGACUAUGUACUGUUCGACCAUUCGACCAAUUACUGGAUAUGGUUGCUUGUAACAAUCAUAUCACUUCUUGUUGAAUACCUGUUGCUGGGAACUUUUUCAUCGCAAGAGUGUCUUUUCUGGAAUCUACUGCAUCAUGUGUCCAGUCUGCUCAAAGUAGUUCGCUUGGAAAUAGCCCGACUUGAUCAAUACACCGAUCCGAAGCAGUACACAGAACGACUGGCAAGUAUUGUGUCCACGCAUGAGGUAUGCUACAGAUGUGCUCGCAGUUUGGAGAUCGUGCUAAGUCCGCUGCUUGCUGUAUUGUACUGUACAUGCAUAACUCAAACAUGCUACUUGCUGUUCGUCAUCAGUAUGAUCGAUGACUUAGUCGUCAUUGCGUCGAUGAUAUUCGUUCUGCAGUAUAUCGUAUUUCUAAUUUUCUCGUUCUCGAUGUUGGGAGCUGAGCUCACGGAAGAGAGCGCUCUGGUGUCCGAAGCAAUCUAUAAUUCGAACUGGUACAUGCGAAUGCCUGCCGAAAGACGUUUGCUGUUGUUCAUGAAAAUGAGAGCGGACCGACCGGUGGGUAUCACUGCCGCUAAAUUCUUCUAUGUUAAUCGAUCCACUUUUGCGGAGGCAAUGAAAACAGCUUUUUCAUUUUUCACGAUAAUGCAGCAGUUCUACGGAGAAUAGAAGUUGGCUUUAGUUAUACGGAUUAUGCGGCGAUUCACUGGUCACGAUUGCAUCUCAACUAGUAAGUCAAAGGCUUACUGACAGCUAUCAAAGAAUCACGCAUAUGAAGAGAAAAACAUCUUGGCGUAUGCUGUAUACAUGUGUAGAAGCACCAAGACGGGUAGUUAAAUACUUUAGAAAUAAAGCGAUCAAGGACGAGUAGCUAUCCAAAAUCGAGUGAUGAAUUGUCAGGUACACAAGAAAAUAAUCCAAUAUUAGAAUAUGUA